AUGUAUGGGAAAUGCGGCUCCUUGGACGACGCUCAUUCGGUUUUUAGGAUAAUUAAGAAGAAGAAUUUGCAUUCAUGGAACACAUUGAUGGCAUGUUAUUGUAGAGGUGGCCAUUUAUCCACAGCGCGUCAAUUGUUCGACCAAAUGCCUAACCGGGACUCUGUGUCAUGGAAUUUGAUGAUCUCAGGAUAUGAUCGCCACGGUCCUUGUGAAGAAGCAUUAAGAAUUUUCGCGAACAUGAGACAUUCUGGUGCUAUAACCGACCACUUUGGUGUCUCUAGUGUAGUUAGUGCUUGUUGCAAUCUUCGCUUUUCUGUAAAUGGUAGACUGCUCCAUGGGUAUUCCAUAAAAACUGGACUGGAUACCCACGUUCAUGUAGGUAGUGCUCUUGUCGAGUUGUAUGCUAAAUGCAUGUAUCUCUGUGAAGCCAGAAGGGAAUUUGACUUGAUGGAUGUUAGAGAGCCCUUCACUUGGAAUUCCAUGCUUGCAGGAUAUGUUUAUUGUUCAAGGAUAGAUCAGGCGCUUCAGUUUUUCGAUGAAAUGCCUAAAAGGGAUGUUGUUUCAUGGACUAUGAUUAUCGAGGGUUGUUCUCAGCAUAAGCGGAACGGACAAGCCAUUGAUUUCUUCCAGGAAAUGCGGGAAUGUGGGUUACAUGCAGAUCAGGUAGCUUUUGUUAGUGUAUUAAAUGCAUGUGUCGAGUUAUUAAAUCUCGAAGAUGGAUCCAAAGUGCAUGGGCUCACUGUUAAAUGUGGAUAUGAAGCAAAUGUUACUGUUGGCAGCGUCCUUGUGUCUCUGUAUGCCAAGUGCGGUAAUUUCGAUGACGCAAGAAGGGUUACUGAGGUCAUGCAUUUUGUGGACGAUUUCUCUUGGAGCGUUUUGAUUGCUGAAUAUGCAAAACAGGGGCAUGUAGAGAGGUCCCGGAUGUUGUUUGAAAGUGUACAAGAGAAGAGCCUUGCCCUGUGGAAUGCUUUGAUCACAGGUUACUCAGAGCUUGGAAUGUAUGAAGAGGCUGCAGGAGCUUUCAAGGAAUUGUGUGUAUGCGGGCCAAAAGGUGACAGCUUUACUUAUGGGAGCCUCCUAACGGCCUCCAGUACUUUAGGUCUGGGAUAUGGUGAGCAACUUCAUUCCCAGGUAACAAGAGCUGGUGUCAGUUCUUCUUUUUUUGUAUGUGGCGCUCUUAUUGAUAUGUACUUCUUUUUCUAUGAUCGCCAAGCUGCUGAAAAGAUAUUUCAUGCAAUUGAUGAACCGAAUAUUGUUUUGUGGAAUGUCAUGAUCUUUGGAUAUGGACAGAACACGUUGAAUUAUGAGGCUCUGAAUACUUUUCGGGUGAUGAGAUAUUUUGGUCCAAAGCCAGAUAACGUUACCCUUUCUUGUGCUCUUGACUCGUGUUCAAAUAUAUCUGCUCUUGCAUGGGGAGCACAGAUUCAUGCCCAUUCCCAUAAAACGGGCCUUGACUUUGAUGUUGUUGUCGGCAGUGCAAUUGUGGACAUGUAUGGAAAAUGUGGACACGUAGAGUUUGCCACUCUUUCAUUUCUUGACAUUCGCCAUCCUAGCAUCGUUUCUUGGACUGCAUUGCUAGGUGGGUAUGUGAAAUGUGGAAUCUGGGAUAAAGCAAAAGCUUUUUUCGCUGUGAUGCCAGAGAAGAAUGUAGUUUCUUGGAAUGUUAUGCUUUCAGGAUAUGUUCAACAAGGGUGUGCAUGGGACGCCCUUAAUCUCUAUACUCAGAUGAAUAAAUUGGGCGUAUGGCCCGAUCACAUAAGCUUCAUUAGUCUGCUGACAGCUUGCUGCAAACUAUUGUUGAAGGAACAAGGCAGACAGAUCCAUGCUCAAAUAAUUAAAACUGGCUAUUACAUGAAUACAUAUGUUGACAUCACUUUGACAAGCAUGUAUGAGAUAUUCGGAAUGGGAGCAAUAAAGUAA